ACCUUCGAUAACUUUGCGCGCGUCGCAUCAUCUCACCACACAAGAUCUACGUCAUCGUCAAAUUUCAGCGAUGUUCGCUGUCCUGCUCGGCGCGGUUCUGCCGAUCCUCUGGGCCCAAAGAAUCGGAGCGAGCGUGCUGGUCGCCGACACUACCAUGUCCAGGAUGGUGGAGCUGAAUGCCGACGCACCCUUCUGCGCCCUUUACAACGAUCGCGGAGUCAUUCAGAGAAUGGUUCUCGGUGCGGAUCCCAGAAAAGUUCGACAAAUUUCCAGCAACUUGGUCGCCGAUCUGGAACAGACCUGUAAGGCUUCACGAGACAAGGGGAAGAACCAAGCGCCUGGCGGUGGUCUAAUAUAUCCGGGUACCAAAUGGUGUGGACCAGGCGACGUGGCCAAAUCCUACGACGAUUUGGGCCAACAUUCGGCCGAGGACUCUUGCUGCAGGGAACACGACCAUUGCCCGUUCACGAUAGCGCCGCAACAAUGCAUACACGGCAUAUGCAAUAGCUCACCAUUUACUCGCUCGCAUUGCGAUUGCGACGCCAAAUUCCGCAGAUGUUUACAGAAUCUCAAUACUGAGGUGGCCAAUACCCUCGGCGCGCUUUUCUUCAACGUGAUUCAGGUUACUUGCUUCAGAGAGAGACGACCGUGCUCGCAGUGGCAAAGGUACGGUUACUCGAAGGCUGUGUCCGAUCGAUUGUGCUCGCAAUACAAGUUCCGACCCAGUGACAAAUAUGUGCCCAUGAUGCCUCUGAAUAAUAUGAACAAGUGAAUUUGGAAACUCCCGCAGAGAGAAUUAAAGGCAGUUCUCGGAAAGACCGGCAAGGGGAAAAGGACUGACGGCCUGUACGCGGCACAACCAUAUCAUUUAUUUUAUAAUCAAAUUGCCGUCCUCGCUCUGUCGCGCGCCAGUAUAUGCAUAUAUAUGUUUAUUUGGAAUAUAUAUAUAUAUAUAUUUUUAGAGAUUAAGUUAUGCUAGAUAUAUAUUUUGCAACAGCAAAUGUCAUUCGGAAUUUAUGGACGGUGGAAUUUUUUAAUUCUUGUUAUGUAUAUAUACGUAUUUUUUGUUUCUACGAUUAUAGCGGAUUUUAUUGGACCUCAUCAAAUUCGGUUAUUUGUAAGAGGGAUAUAUUUAGGCGUUAAUUGAGUUCUUUUCUUCACAGAAUAGAAUUUUUUUCUAUAAGCUUUGUUGUAGUACGGAAACAGGGUUGCUCGUUACGAAAUGAUGAUGAUAAACGUAUGUUAAUCCUUUUCUCUCGUUAGAAUUCCCGAGAAAAAAAGUUCCAUAUAUAAUUAUAUAUAAUUUUGUAUAUAAUUAUAUAUAA